AUGCCCCUGUCUGCGCAUGAAGGAGAUCCUCGUGGAGGCGCGCCGGAGCCCGUGGUCUUGCAGCCGGAUGUUACGCUCUCUCAGAAGAAGCGCAAAGCGAGGCACGAUCGCGAGGUCGCGGUCUUGCGCAUGCUCAAGGAAGGCGCGGCGUCCAACUCCUCGUUCCGUUUCGAUCACGCCCGCAUCUGGCGCGAUGUCACCAUGCCCAACCUGGCGCUAAUCCCCGUCGCGGACGAUAUCGCCGCCUCGGACGUCAUGCUGGGAGUUGUAAUCGAGCGAAUAUUUGAGGGCAUCACGUGCUUCACCCCGACUACGAGCGCGAAGGAGAGCACCGCGUCGGCGACGGAUUUUCGCAUCGACGCCAGCGGGGCAAUUCAGGGCGCCAAUGAAAAUCUGGCCAAAUUAGUCGCGCCUCAUUUCGGCACCCUCACUGUCGGCGCGACCGACGAUUCCACCCGCGUCCGCGUUGUGGCCCCCGCUGUCGCACUUGCCCGAAUUAUGGACUUGAUCGGCGAUGUCGACGGCGACAAGGUCAGAAGGCCGCUGGCGACGCUGCCGAAUGACAGAGAGCCGGUCGCGUUGGGAAGGAAAAGCUCUGUGGAUAUGACGCGGUCGCCCAAGGGUCAGCUCAGAAGCAAGCCUGAUGCGACGCAAUUGCCCCCCAUUGCCAUUAAGCUUUCGACAACGUCCCAUGUUUUGAGCCCGGAACACAUUCCCAGCAUUGUGGGCGCUGGCGUGCCGAAGCGCUUUCAUGAGUGCGGGCUUCGCUUGCUGUAUUCAACGAACGAGCAUGGAAUGUCUUUGCUCACUUUAUAUAAUCGCGUCAAGACAGCUUCUCCGACGCUACUCGUCAUUCGCGAUACCAAGGACCGCGUUUUUGGCUGCUAUGCUGCGGCUCCCUGGAAGGCAUCUUCGGCUCGUUACUACGGGACGGGUGAGAGUUUUGUUUUCGGUACUGACGGACCGGACGUGGUCAAGGUUUACAAAUGGAGCCGAGAAAACUCCUUUUUCCAGUUUACGUCGCAUUCAUUCUUGGCAAUUGGGGGCGGGGCGGGGAGUCAUUUUGCUUUAUGGGUUGAUGAGGAUCUGCUCAUGGGCACCACAUCGGCUUGUUCGACAUUUGCAAGCCCACCAUUGACAAACACAUUGAGCAAGGAUGAAUCAAACUGCACUGAAUUCAAGAUUGUGACUCUCGAGGUAUGGGCUUUUGAUGCGCAUAUGAGUCAUUAGAUAUGAUAGGUAGCAGCUUUGCAGUUGAGGAGAAGAAAGGCACCGAUUGUAAGUAUUGUAUCUUAGUGCCGACACACAACAAACACACGCAUUGUAAACUCUUGGUGGUAUGUUUGCGCAAA